UACAUACAUAAACAUCUAUCUUAUCUUGUAACUUGGUUGAUUCUGAUUCAAGUCAUAUUUCACUGAAAGAAGAGAGAAUGGGAGAUGGAAAAGCAUCGUCAUCAGUAGCCAUAGGAAUAGACCUGGGAACAACGUACUCCUGUGUUGCAGUGUGGCGCCAUGAUCGAGUGGAGAUCAUAACCAACGACCAAGGGAACAGAAUAACACCUUCUUAUGUUGCAUUCACUGAUACUCAAAGAAUGAUUGGAGAUGCUGCUAAGAAUCAAAUUGCUGCCAACCCUACCAACACUGUCUUUGACUCAAAGAGGUUAAUUGGUAGAAAGUUCAGUGACCCUCAUGUCCAGAAUGACAUGAAACUGUGGUCAUUUCAAGUUACUAAUGUUGACGACGUUCCAAAGAUUGUUGUUGAGCACAAAGGUGAGAAAGAAUCUCUCGCUGCUGAGCAAAUCUCAUCGAUGAUCUUAGCAAAGAUGCGCCAAUUCGCAGAACAAUUUCUUGGAACACAAGUAACAAAUGCAGUUAUUACAGUGCCUGCUUAUUUCAACGACUCUCAGCGGCAAGCCACGAAAGAUGCCGGCCGUAUCGCGGGCCUGAACGUAAUGAGCAUACUCAACGAGCCAAGUGCCGCAGCAAUUGCUUACGGCCUCGACACUAAAGAUCAUUUUCAUGGAAUCAGAACUGUCUUCGUCUUUGAUUUUGGCGGUGGUACUUUGGAUCUUACUCUUCUCACAAUUGACAACAAAGGGAACAUAACCGUCAAGAUCCAUGGCGGAGACACGCAUCUCGGUGGACAGGAUUUUGACGCUGCAAUGGUUGAAUUCUUUGCGAGUGAGUUUCAGAGAAAGAAAAAGAUCGAUCUCAGAGGAAACAAAAGAGCCAUAUGCAGGUUGAAGGUUGCUUGCGAGAGAGCAAAGAGGAAUCUCUCUUCAACAACUCAAGCCUCCAUCGAGCUGGAAUCUCUGCAUGAGGGAAUCGAUUUCUACACAUCAAUCACUCGCGCUAAGUUCGAGGAAAUACACAAGAAGCUCUUUGAGAGAUGCAUGGAGCUUGUGCAUAAGUGUUUCGAGGAUAGUAACACGGCGAAGCAGAGCGUUGAUGAGGUUGUGCUCGUUGGUGGAUCCACUCGGAUUCCGAAAUUGGAGCAGCAGUUGAAGGACUUCUUCGGCGGGAAAGAUAUUUGCAAGAAAUGCAUCAAUGCAGACGAGGCGGUUGCAUAUGGUGCGGCAAUCCAUGCUUCAAAACAGAGUGGUGCGAUUAAUGAGAAGAUUCAAGAUUUAACGCUCUGGGAAGUUGCUCCUCUGUCACUUGGCUUGCAAGAGGGAGGAGAUUUAAUGAAAGUUAUAAUUCCAAGGAACACUAGGAUUCCUACAAAGAAGCAAGAAACGUUUACAACACAAUUCCACAACCAAGUUAGAGUCCAGAUUCAUAUCUACGAGGGCGAGAGAAAAUUUGCAAGCAACAACAACUUGCUGGGAAGUUUCGAUCUGGAAAUUCCUCCGGCACCUCGUGGCGAGCCGAAGAUUAAUGUGUGCUAUGAAAUAGAUUCUGAUGGUAUCUUGCAUGUAUCGGCAGAGGAAAAAGCAAUGAGGGUGAUGAAGAAGAUCACCGUUGUGAGCAACAAAGGAAGAUUGUCGACGGAAGAAGUUGAGAGGAUGGUGAAACAUGCUGAGAAGUACAAGGCUGAAGAUGAAGAACACAGGAAAAAGGUUGAAGCAAGGAAUAAUGUGGAGAAUCUUGCUUAUAAUAUGAGGAAUAUGAUAGAACAUGAAGCCAGUGCUUCACAGCUCUCUGCAGAAGACAAGGAAAGGAUCAACAAAGCUAUUGAUUAUACAUUGAAAUGGGUUGAUGAGAGUAAUUUUGCAACGCUGGAUGAGAUCAACGAGGUAGGGAAAAAUCUUUCAAGUAUAGCCUUUCAUCUUACUAAUAAGUUGAAGAUGAUUCAAGAUCACGGGGGUGGUGACAGUGAAAGUGGAAGUCAAGGCUUGUCUUCUAGCUCGAAGAAAAACAAAUUUGAUGCUGUAAACGCAAUCACUGGCGUGAUUUCUGCAACGUGUUCUGUUAUCCAACUAUUCUUACCCAAUAAUUGAGGGUUCUUCUGGAAGCACAAUAUGAUAGUUAAGAAAUUUUAGAUGACUAAUUUAUAUAGCUAAUUAAACUUCUU